GAGGAGGAAGAGGAAGAGGAACCUGAGGGCAGGCAGAGGCGGCGGCGGAGGCUGCUCCUUGGCGGCGGAGGGAGGCGGAGGCGGCCGGCCCAGCUGAGCCUGCGGCGGGGAGCCAUGUCGGACCAGGAAGCCAAACCUUCAGCAGAGGACUUGGGAGAUAAGAAAGAGGGAGAAUACAUUAAACUCAAAGUCAUCGGGCAGGACAGCAGCGAAAUACACUUCAAGGUGAAAAUGACAACGCAUCUAAAAAAGCUUAAAGAAUCGUACUGUCAGAGACAGGGAGUUCCUAUGAAUUCACUCAGGUUCCUCUUUGAGGGUCAGAGAAUUGCUGAUAAUCAUACUCCAAAAGAGCUUGGGAUGGAAGAAGAAGAUGUGAUUGAAGUUUAUCAGGAACAGACAGGAGGCCAUUCAACAAUUUAGAUCGUUUCCUCCCCACCCCUCCUUUCCCUUUUAUUCUUUUCUUAUUUUUAAAUAAUAGUUCUUUUGUAAUGUGGUAUAUAACACUGAAUCGCAACCGGCACCGUGCGCCCGUAUCUGGGGUCUUAUUUACAAAUGUCUGUUAUAAAUACUUGUGCUCAUUAUACGCUA